AUGCCUGAGCUCUGGCAACACACGGCCGAUUGGUUGUGCAAACUGGGCGCCUUGUCAGGCGAGGACCCCACUUUUCAAAAGGAUGCCACCGUAUAUGAUCUCACCGUAGCUCUUCAAGAUGGCACGGUCUUGUGCGACGCCGCCAAUGCCCUAGUACCUGGUUGCAUUCCCAUUGUCAACCGACAUCCUCAACAGCAGUUUCUUCGCAUUCAAAACAUCCAUGCCUUUCUCGGCGCCCUGCGAAACACGUUCAAGAUGAAGGAAGCCCACCUCUUCACCGCCGACGGCCUCCAUAAUGGUGGUGAAAUGCCCCAAGUCGUUCAAUGUCUGGCCACGUGGGCCAACACCCCUCAAGCCGUCAAACAUGGAGUCAAGCUUGGUGAAGCCACAAAUACUCCCAACACCGCCCUCGAUGCUGAUGGCCGCUAUGACAUGUACAAAUCUCUCAAGCAGCUCGUGGAACAAAAUCUUUCGCUUCGCGAUGCAGGAACCUACACAAUGUCCCACAGUCGCCCGAAUUCGAUGGUCUCCGAUCAUCAAUACUACAGUGAGAAAGUCGGCACCAUGAAACAAGUAGACGAGCUCUAUUACAUGAUCAUCUACGCAGGCAACACACCCGCUCUCAAAUUGGACGAGGCCACCGACGAGAACAUUUAUGGUGCAGGCGUCACCCGCGACCAGAAGCGCUCCAUGGUGCUAGACGAACUGUUCUCCACAGAAAACUCAUACAUCAAGGUCCUCCAGAUGCUGACCGGCACAUACUUGCCCAAUCUGCGCGAAGCUUUUAGCAUCAUCGACAUCCACCUCAUCUUCAUGAACAUUACCGAGAUCAUGGAUGCCCACAAUCGCUUUCUGGCUGACCUUUCGGAACUCAUGGCCCGCACCACCGGUCGUAUGGCGGGAACCUGCUUACUCAAUCACGUCACCAGCUUUCGCAUCUAUGGCGAGUACAUCAGCAUGCUUCCAGACGCCAUUGACCGCCUCAAGGUCAUGCGGAAAAAGGCGCCGUUUCAAGCCGCAUUGCAAGCGGCGCAAAAGGCCAGUGGCCAAAUAUUUCCGCUCGAAGAUCUUCUCCGUGUGCCCAUGCAACGCAUUCUCAAGUACCCUCUCAUGAUCAAGGAGCUUCUCAAAUCGACUCCAUCUGAUCACCCUGACCUUGACAAGCUCCGCGUCGCCAACACUGCAUUCCAGGACUUGGCUACCUACAUCAACGAGUCCAAGCGCGACCGUGACAAUCUUCUCAACAUUAUCCAAAACGUGAAAAAGUACAAAGGCAAGCCCAUCAAGGACUUUGGCAAGCUCUCGCGUGAUGGCGAUCUCUGGGUGAUUGACCACGUCAUUGGCGACAAGGGCAAGCUUCGCUACGUCUUUCUCUUUGACUUUGGCAUCAUAGUAUGCAAACACAACAAAGGUUCCUUCAAAUUCAAAGCAUCGGUGGAAUUUCAGCACCGGCAGAGUGUUGAAAGCGUGUCCGACCCUGCCGGCGAAGAUGGCUAUCCCCAUCGCUGGCGUCUGAUGGAUACCAGCGGCAAGAAGCCUGUCCCCCUGCUAACCUUUGGAAGUUACCACGAAGCCACCAAAAUGCGCUGGAUGGACAUGAUUCGGGGCAAGAUGCUGGCCGUGGCUACCCCGGCUUCCCCACCACCGCUCCGGGCGCGAAUGUCACUGCGCGCGCCCAACGGGGCAUCUAGCUCUCCAAAGCCUCGUCGCUCGCUGAGCGAAUCGGCAGCCGUGGGCAGUGGCCUGGCGCGCCCCCCCUCCAGCCCGCGCCCUGUUUUGAGCCCACCCAUUGUUGGGCCGCGCGUACCUCGCAACUCUGUUGCCGACGAUGAAGCCUGGUUCUUACCUGGCGCUGCCAGCCUUUCCGAGUCGGAGCUCAAGGAUCUACCGGACGGUACAUUUUUGGUGCGCGAGAGCACCUCCCGACAGGGCUCGUAUUCGCUCACUGUUGUUUUUCAAAACGAGGUCAAGCACAUCAAGAUUUUGCGCGACGGCACACAAUAUCGUCUGACCGAGCAUGCUGAGGGCUUUGACACGGUGCAACAGCUCGUGGCUUUUUUCCAGCGACAGAACCUGGGCACUUAUUUCCCAACACUGGACACGCCCUUGGUGAUGCCUUAUCGAAGCGUCAUGAUGCAGCGUGCGCUAGACACGGACAGCAGCGACAUGUUGUCUGGCAUUGGCCGUGCUCGCGCACUAUUUUCAUACAAGGCGACAGCGGACGAUGAGAUUAGUUUUGACAAGGGGACCGAACUGGUGCUGCUCAACGUGGUUGAAGAAGAUGACGGCUGGUGGCGUGGUCGCCUCCCGGAUGGUCAAAGGUACCAUCAAUUGACAGCGCCCCCUGUUCUAUCGAUCCUGACUGGACUGCGAAUGUGUCGGCUCGGCUGGCUUGGACACGUUUUCCACAGCCCCAUCAUCAUCCAUAGCAAACGCUCUCAAACAAAAGUGUCUGACAUUCGUUCACCAUUCAACAUGAUGGCGUCGCAAGUCAAGCGACUGUUGUCGCCAGCCCAGCUGGCAGCGGCGCGCUCAUCCGUCUUUGGGCACAUUGCGCGUCCUGCAAACGUCCGAUCCCCUGUCAAGUAUUUGCAGGCCAAGCCCAAAGCCGAGGCGGUCAUGAACUACUACCCUGACCUGCUUGUCAAGCAUGAGAGUUUGUGGCGCCGGUGGUACAACAUGGGCAUUUACUACGAUGAGGCCAUGGUCUGGCGCACGGACAAGAUGGCUUGGAACAAAUCUCGUGGACGCUUCCCCGUGAAGAAGGGUGAGGGCAAGAAGAAGAAGAAGAAAUAAUAAUCUUGAAAAGUGAACUGUAAAGACACAUGUGCUGCGCUCUGCGUUAUCCGCGGACCCGUCGUAGACUUCCCAACCCGUGGCUAGAUUCCGGGCCAAUCGAAUUUUGAUU